CUGACACAUCGUAUUAUUGAUAGUUUAUGAUCAAAUUUAUUUACCAGAAUUUUGAAACGCUGUUAUUGGAUAACAUUGUUAAUUGACAGGGCGUUAAUUAACAAAUCCGAUUUAGCCGCUCGGGCAUCUUUGCACGUAUACUUUGCACAAUCCUUACAAAAGUAUAUUACUUGCUGUAAUUCAGAUUUCUAGAUUGGACCACGAAGGGCUCACUAAUCAUUAUUCAAAUAUUUCCAUCACGAUGAUGCGACAAAGCAAUAUUCAACAACAUACGAUGACACUUUGGAACAAAGAGAAACCUGAGGAAAAUUGCAGGGAUCUAUCAGAGGACAAUAUGCAUGACACUUUCUGCAGCGAAGAGAAAAUCGCAGAGUCAUCUUUUUAUACUCCCGAACAAUUUUCCGUCCACCAAAAUUCCAAGGAGUCGACGAAAACUUUGUUUAAACACAAUGAGCCAAACAACCAAAAUGACGAUCUUAUAAACUUCGUGAAGAUGUGCAAACAGAAGCUCGAUAGAGACGAAUUGCCGGCAAAUUUCGAUCAAUGGACAGUUGAACAGCAACAUGAUCACCUGAUGAGCAACGUUGACAAGUACUUCCCGAAUAUACCGGCAUCCUUGAGAUUCAUUCUGCCUGGGAUCUUCAAGGACGGAGACUGCGGCAGAUCUGCGAGCGAGAGGCCGGGCUGGCUGGACGUGGACAAAUUCCGUCGUGGACAGAAGUUCGCUCAGAAUUACUACGCCGGGAUCUGCAUAGCCCAGGUGACGUCUUUGCUGCAAUUAUUUACUUUGCAGGACGGGUUAAAGACUCUGAUUCUUAGCCGGAAGUCCGACACGCCGUAUAAGGCUUUCAAGCGGUACCUAUCGACUGUGAUUCGCGUGAACCAUUGGUACCUGGAGGACCCGUGGGAUCGAAGGACACAGGCUCAUAGAGACAUCGAAGAGGUACGCAACAUGCACCUGGCGAUGAGACGGAGACUCUGCAGCUACGACAACAAGCAGAUCGACGCGGGGUCUCAGAUCCUGCAGCUUUAUUGCCCGUUGCAGGAGGUACUACUGAAGGACUUCAGAGACUCAUGUCCGGUAGCGAGCGAUUUUCAAUGUCCAUUCACGAUGACUCGAACUAAAAGUCUCAACCAAGGCGACAUGUCUAUCACGCAGUGUGGAUUCAUAGGUUUGAUAGUGCUCUACCCGGAACAAUUCGGGCUACACAACGUCUGCGACGAGGACCUGGAGGCCUUCUGCCAUAUGUGGCGAGGACUGGGAUAUCUUCUGGGCGUCGAGGAUCGUUACAAUUUCUGUCGUGGCAGCCUGCUGGAGAUACAGCAGCGCGUCAAGGAUACCUUAGAAUACUGGAUAAAACCGAACCUGUCAUUAGUGACGCCGGAGUGGGAGCACAUGUUGAUAUGCCUCUGGAAAGGAUUGCGUUAUUACCUGCCGACUUCGACUUAUAGAGUUCACUUACUCUAUUUUUGCAAUGUGUUAGAAUUGAACAUGCUCGGCCUUUACAAGUCUUUGAGUUUUAGGGAGAAAGCGAUAUAUUUAUGGUCGAUAUUCAUGUUCAUGUACUUGGCGAGGUUGCCAAUCGUUGUUGCUAUCAUGAACGCAGUAACUCGCAGAUGUCUGAAUUUGGCGGUAAACUUUAGACCCGAAAAACGUCACAAACUCAAAAAGAGAUCUGAUGAAAAUAUAUUGUAGUAGUUAAUUUAUAAAAAUAUCUUCCAAAGUAACAGACCGAUGUCCGAGGACGUAUUUACAUUUAUACUGACACUCGAUAUACUGACACUCGAUAUACUCUCGUCAUAUGAUCCCAGAAAAAAGUGAUUAUAUAUAUAUGAUUAUGUAUAAUUAUAUAGAAUCAUGUAUGAAUUUUGCAGUAUAUGUGGUUACAUACAUGAUCAUAUUUAUGUUUAUGUCCAUAUAAAAAAAAUUAUGUAGUUUAAUUUAAUAUCGAUAUCAUGUGCUGUCGGAAGUACAAGUAGCACAGAAGCAUUUACUUCGAUUAUAUUUGCAUAUGAUUUGUAAAGAAUAGUAUUUUAGGU